CCUGUUCCGUCGCGAGAGGCUUUUCGCCCCAGGAGUCGCACGCGCCUGCCCGCGCGCGCGCCUGGGCGGCAGCAGAUGGCGGCGGACCAGGCGCUCGGUGUGGUCAGGCAGAUCCAGGCUCUGGCCGAGGGGCCACAGACGCCGCAGAUGCGCGCCCUCCUGGGCCAGGUCGUGCCCUCCCUGCUGGCCUUCCUGGAUCACCCCGACAGCCGCGUCAGGCUCAACUCCGCCAGGGCGCUGCGGAACCUGUCCGCAGGCUACCCGGAGGACGUGGCCGCCCUCGACCUCGGCAGGGCGCGGGGCGCACUCGGCCGCGUCAGGGAGUCCCGGGCCACCGGGGCCGCGGACGGCGACGCCGAGGAGCUAGAGGGCAUCCUAGCGGAGGUGCUGGAGGCCAGCCUGCCCUGGGGGGCCAGCGCCACAUCCACGGCAGCCUCCACGCCGCCGCCGGGGUGCGCCCAUCGCCCUACGUGGCCCGCGCUGUCAGACGCAGGGGACGAGGCCUGCCCGCCGCCGCCCGCGGCGAGCGCUGCGUCGUCCUCCUGGCGCCCGCGCGCUGCGCCCGCCGCCCCCGGCGGCGCCGUGGGCAGGGGGGAGGUGGUGCUGAAGGUGGGGGAGCACGCCGACGGGAAGGUGAAGGCCACCAUCCUAGAGCAUGUCGUGGCCAUCUCCGGCGUCGUCAGCGUCACCUUCGAGGGCGAUUUCGUCAUCGUCAGCGCCCGCUCCGCCGCCGUGGCCGCCGACGCGGCAUUCCUGGCCGACGUGCUGGCCGCGAUGAGGGCGCAGGGCAUCGAGGGGGUGUCCCUCGUGAGCGCCGGCGGGGCGGGGGCCUCCGGCGGUCCGGGCCCGGGCGAGCCCGCCCCGGCCGCGGCCAGCUCGGCGCGGGCUGUGCCUGCCAGGCACCAGGUCGAGAUCUUCGACGUGUCGACGCCGGAACUCAGAGGGGGAAGAGGCUACCUCGACGACGAGGGCGACGAGGACGAGGUGGUCCUCAGCGGGUCGUGCGGCGACGCGGUGCUCCUCGGUGCGCCCGCGGGCCCCGCGGGGGCGCUCGUCGGCGGCCACAGUGGUCGUUCUUCUCGCAGUCCAACUGGAUGACGGGCAGGAAGGUGCAAGAGUUCGACGACGACCCUUGCAUCGCUGCCAGGCUCGCCAAGGCCAAGCGGCGCGAGGAGGCCAGGAAGGAGGAGAACAGGUCGCGCCUGGGCUUCGUCACCUCCUGGCUAGGCAUGGGCUCCUAGCCCAGCGCCAAAGCCGGGCGCGAAGCACUGCCUCUGACGGAACCGGGCGUGGAGGGACCAGCUCAGGAAGAGGGUAGGGAGGAGGAGG